UUAAGCUGUUGUACAUUGUACUGAUUUAGUCGGAUACAGAGAAAAUAGGUUGACUGGUAAACAAACCAAUCGUUGUUGCCUCUGACAUUAUAACCAUGGUGUAGAGUGUCCAAUAAUUUCACCUAUGGGAGGCUAGAGUUUCCUGUCUGUGAGAUAUACUGAGCAUGAGACCUGCAAGUCAAACCAUUAAACCAGUCCACAUGAACUUCAGUUGGAUGUGAAAGUUUGUUCAUUUUUUUCUUUGCCAUUUUCCAUAAAACAAUGGAUUCCUUUGCCGGAUUGGAUGAAGAUCAGCUUAUUGAUUAUGUAAUUCAAAUGAGUAUUCAAGAGUCUUGCAAACAAAAUGUUUUAACAGCAAUGGGAAGCCUGGAGACAGCCAGUGAUGAAAAUAUAAAGGUCCUAGCUGCUAUUGAGCGAGGCGACACAGCUGUCCUCCAGAGGUUAUCAGAGUUCACCUCAGCCUUCGGUGAGGUGGACAGUAGAGGAUGGCUACCUCUUCACAGGGCUGCCGUCCAUCCCGUGGUUCAGGUGCUGGAGACUGUGGUACAUGCAUCAUACAAGCUGAGCCUGGAGGAGAAGACUCCGGAAGGAGAGACAGCACUGACCCUCGCCAUUAAGGCGGGUCUGGUGGAGAACGCCAGGCUGCUACUGAGCAACUGGGCAUCUCCACACACCACCAACAGCAAAAACGAGUCCCCACUCCUUCUAGCAGUGAAAAUGGGAUCGUAUGACGCUGUGGCCAGCCUUAUCAUGCACGGAGCCGUGGUGGAUCAGAACUGUCUGAAGAAGUGGACCGCCGUGCACGAGGCGGCCAAGGUGGGCUGCAGCGACGUCAUGAUGCUGUUGCUAAGGAAUGGCGGUAGCGUCACGGAGAGGGACCAACACGGCGUGACUCCACUGGGCAUCGCGGCCGAGUACGCCCAUGCUGAUGUUCUGGAGCUCCUCAUUAACUACGGUGGUGACGUGAACGCGCAGGCACCGAACGGAGAUAGCGUGCUUUACGACGCGGCGGGCUCCGGGAACCCAGACUGCAUCGAUCUUCUUCUGGAACACGGAGCCAAUCCCAACGUGGCCAGUCUGAGCUCCCUCCUCCCGAUGCACCGGGCAGCACAAGAGGGCCACCUCUUGGCACUGAGAAUGUUGAUUCCGAUUACCACCAGAAGGGCCAUCCGACUCUGUGGCCAAAGCCCAGUUCACUCUGCAGCAGAAGGAGGCCACCCUCAAUGCCUGGAGCUGCUCUUAGAGAAUGGCUUUGAAGUCAAUGCUGUCCUCAAUAAGCACAUCUCAGAGAACUAUGGAGACCUGAGGAAAAGCCCUUUGUAUUUUGCUGUCUGUAACGGAGACACAACCUGCACAGAGAUACUCCUGAACGCAGGGGCAAAGCCCGACGUGGACCCACUUCACUGCCUCCUAGUGGCCAUCAGGGCUGGGCGCUAUGAGAUCGUGAAGCUGCUGCUGGCCAGGCAGGCGGAUGUGAACUGCUACUUCACGGUGGUCACCGACACCGUGUUCCCCACUGCACUGCAGUACUGUCUGAGGGACGAGAUGAUGAUGAGACUGCUACUCAACAAUGGCUACGAUGCAGAGAGGUGCUUCUGCUGUCACCAUGACAACAGGUUCCGUAUGAUGUGCUCCUGGAAUGAUCUCAAUAACCAACUGUGUGAGGGAUCCACCCAAGAAAAAAUACCUUUCUGUGACUUCAUCAGCUUGUCCUACAUGAAGCACUUGUCAGGAAGUGUGGUGCGGAUCCUUCUGGACUAUGUCAGCCACGUGCCCAUCUGCUCCAAACUCAAACUCAUUCUGGAGAAGCAGAGAGAGUGGCCUGAGAUCUGUGAGAUACUGGGUAACCCACGACCACUGAAGCACCUGUGCAGGCUGGUGAUCCGGAGACAGAUGACACCAAAGAGACUGUGUGACCCUGUCGUCAUGGAGUCUGCCCCUUUCGCCCCCAGAGUGAAAGCCUACCUGGAAUACAAGGAGUUUGACCUUUAUGGGAGCAGCAUGGAAAAGAGUCCAUUGAACAGCAGUCAGGAUGACAUUGGUGUUUUGUCAAACUGAGAUUUCUAGUUCAUGCGGCUGCUUCUCCUGUGGAGGGAUUCUAUUUGCUGUUGUUGACUUUGUGGCAAAGAAGAGCGGAAGAUCCGUCAAAUCCUCAAAUUCAGCUAUUGGGUUCUUUUAGCAAACUGACACCAAAUGAAAUGACUGUAUAUCUAGUUAGAACUAAACAAUAUUGCUGACAAUAUGAAUUCAAUCCAGUUAUUUGUAAAAGCAGUUAAAAAAAUUGUUGAAGGGAUUCAAUCAAUGUUAUUGUUUAAAAUGGACUUAUUUUGGUUUUCUUUCUUUUUAAGACAUAAUUUGCACUUUUGCCCAUGAAUCAAAAUGGCACACAAAUAUGGUGUGCUAUUUAUUUUUUGUGGAAGCAGCAGCAUCUGUCUGUUUCAGAUUGUUUUCCCUUUUUUGUCAGUAAACAUAAUUAUUUCUGUUGUAUUUAUAAUGUGUAGUACUGUGAAAUUAUGGUCAUUUCAUUUUAAAUGAGUGCUUUACAAAUACCUUAAAUGAAGAUAAUUGUUCGAAGACAACUCUUUGUUAGAAUAAUAACUUGUUUUACCUGUUUUCAGAACAUGAUGCAUCGCUUAAUGUUUUUUCUUUUCUUUUAUGCUUUGAAAACAUCAAAAAAAAAAAACAUCUGGUUAAUUUCUGUAACACUCUGCCAGUUCAAGAGGGUGCAAACUUGCAUGAUGGUUCUCUGAAACACAUGCAGGUUGCAACUGCUUUUCUUCACACUACAGUCAUCGAGUCAUUCAAGUUGCACCGUUAAAAUAUUACUGCUUAUGACUGGCUGGGAACGGUGGUUCCACUUUAGAUGCACACAGGAAAAAGCAAAACUCCAGUGCUAUGACUUUCGUGUUCAGUUUGGCAGCAGCAAAAGCAGGUCAAGACCUAAAUAUAACCACAAGGCCCAUUCCAUUCCAACGCAUCAAAACACAAACAUUCAAGCUGAGCACGAGGAGAGCUACAACUUCACUGAGAGCAGACACACUCUGCAGGCUAAGUUUAGUUUCAGGAUACUCUAGUCAGUGGAGACUACAGGAGAGAAGUUGAGGAUCUUAAGAAGAUCUUAAAAACAGUAAGCUUCUGUGCGGAUUUGAUCUCAUGCUAUAGCAAACUGGUAUAGAUGUGUCCUGAGAUGUUUAGAUUUUGCAUAAUCACCCACGAUUUCUUUUCUGUAUUAACUGUAUUUUUGUUUGACAUUACUGUUUUUGUAAUCUGGGCAAUUGUGUCUGAAAGCUGCCAGUGAUAGUUCUCAUUACCUGUUUACAUAAUGCUGAAUAAAAUAAAAUACACUCGUA